AGGAGGUUGGGAAACCUUGGCUCCAGGAGAUGAGCAGAGAACUCAAAUUUAUUCUAAAAUGUCACGGGAACACAAAGGAGAUUGAGAAGCCCCCUGAGUCUGAGUCUGGUUCUCAUUCUUCCCAUCUAAGUUUGGAACCUGAGAGUCCGCCUUAUAUGAGGAAAAAGUCGGGUCCGGAGUCCCAUUACCUGUCCUCCAAUGGAAAAGUUGAGUCCGUGUAUGGGAGUAAACCUGCUGGGAGCUUAAAGUCUGGAGGAACUAGUGCUCCUAGUGCUCAUUCACAACAAUCCAACCAAUCUAAAUCCAAAGGAGGAGAAACCGAACACGAGGACGGAGAAAUCAACGGAAACGGAAACCCUUUUGAAACCAUCGAUGAUGAUUAAUUCACAGGAUGUAAAACAAAGCUUUAUUUAAGAAUUUUCUUUUUUCUAUGCAUAUCAUUGUACGUUGAAGCACUACCCUUUUUACAAUAAAAUUGAUUAUUUUA